AUGUCUCGUGUUACUUUAUAUUGUCAAUUCAGUUCAUUCUCAGAUUUCGGUACUGCAUUUGAUUUGAAUCGUAUACAGAAUCAUUUAUUCCUUGUAGUAACAGAAGAAGGAAUGGUGUUUAAAUGUAGCAAAACAUAUAAACCUCACUAUUUAACCACUUAUGAAGCUCAUCAUAUAGCUGUUUAUCGUGUGGCUUGGUGUAGUUUUCAUCCUGAUAUAUUUAUUACAUUUUUAGUCGAUUGGACAGUUGAAAUAUGGGAUCACGCAAAGAGGUAA